AUGGAUGAAGAUUUACGUGAUCGGCCUGUGCUUAAACUUGAUUCGCGUCUUGUUUGCAAAUAUGAAAUAAUAUCAGUGAUUGGAAAAGGAUCGUUCUCUCAAGUACUUCGUGUUAAACAUCGUGUCACGAACCAAUUUUUCGCUGUCAAACUUGUUUCAUCCGAUUGCGGUACAGUUAAUAAUGAAUUAUCGAUUCUCAGUCGAGUUUCACAUCCAUAUGUUAUUAAACUUGAAGAGGUUUUCAAAUCUUCUUCUCGCCUUUUUAUUGUUAUGGAAAUCGCUUAUGGUGGUGAAAUGUAUGAACGAGUAGUGGCAAGAGGACGCUAUACAGAAUUAGAAGCUCGUCAAGCAUUACGAAUGCUUUUAAAAGGCCUUGUUUAUUUGCAUGGGUUACGGGUUACGCAUCGCGAUUUAAAACCUGAAAAUUUGCUCUAUAGUGAUAGGAGGCCAGAGGCUCGUCUUUUAAUCACCGACUUUGGCCUUGCUCAUCAAAAGAAAGAUGAUAACGAAAAAAUGAUGGAAACAUGCGGAACACCUGAGUAUAUCGCACCUGAGGUCUUGCUACGGGUAUCUUAUACAGAGAAAGUGGAUAUGUGGGCGGUUGGAGUCAUCACAUAUAUUUUGAUGUCAGGCAUAAUGCCAUUCGAUGACGAUUGCAGAUCUCGACUCUACACACAUAUCAUUACCGCCAAUUAUGUUUACUAUCAACAAUAUUGGUCUGGAUCGGAACUUGCUAAACGAUUCGUCGAUAGUCUUCUUGAGACUAAUCCUGAGAUGAGGCUGAGCGCAAUGGAAGCUCUUAAACAUGACUGGAUUGUUGGCGAGCGAUCUUAUCUUGAUGUUAAGAUCAAGGCUCGAUCAGCAUCUGAUCAUAAUCCAGUUCAACGGACUAGAUCAACUCGAUCUAUCCGAUCAAUUACUCGUUCCGAUCACGGACAUCGCGUUGAUCCACGUGAAGUUGAUCGUCUUGUCAAUGAUCUUCAACGUAUUGCACAAAGAAGACAAGGCUCUACUAAGCAUUAUGGCAUUAUAUAA